AUGUCAGAAUUCCAUUCCCUUGCGAACCUCAUCAAGCGUCUGGAGGUAGCAACCACUCGUCUUGAAGACUUGGCAAUGUCGGCUUCCUCGGCUUCGGCCGUGUCGGCUUCUUCAACAGGUGCAAUGCCUGCUCACCCACCAUCUGCACCAACGCCUACUGCAACAUCUGGAGCAGCUGCUGGCACCGGCCAGGUUCCUUUAUCAGUACAAAAACACGACGAAGAGAUUAUGCCUUUAUUACAAAAGUUCUUGGCUCUUUCCACUGAUAUUGGUGGCCCUGUUUCAGAGCAGGCAACCUUGACUCUUGAAGCUGUUGACGCCGAAAAAACCAUCAUCCAAAUCUCAUGCCUGGCAAAGAAACCCGACAUGUCAUCCAGCGCUUUUAUGACACUUGUUGAGCCCAUCCAAAAGGCAUUGACUGGUAUUGUCAGCAUCAAAGAUCAGCAUCGUGGUGAUCCUUUGUUCAAUCAUUUGAGUGUGGUUGCUGAAGGUGUGGCAGCUCUCGGCUGGUUUACAGCGGAACCCGCACCUGUGCCUUAUAUUCGUGAGAUGAAGGAUGCAGCUCAAUUUUAUGCAAAUCGUGUUGUCAAGGAAUGGAAGGACAAGGAUGCUAAACAUGUGGAAUGGACUCGCUCUUUCACUGCCAUCUUGGAAGCCCUAGCUCAGUAUGUGAAGGCCAACUAUCCUACUGGAUUGACCUGGAAUGCACAUGGUGAACCUGCAGAAGCAAUCAUCGACAAGAACAAUACAUCUACUACACCCGCAGCUCCUCCAGCUCAAGAACCCCCUGCAGCUGGUGGUCCACCACCACCUCCACCUCCACCUCCACCACCCAUGACAUUUGAUGAUGAACAAGCUGUCGACGACAAACCUUCAGGUGCUGCAGCUGUGUUUGCCGAGAUUAACCGGGGUGAAAGUGUUACUGCUGGUUUACGCAAAGUUGACAAGAGUGAAAUGACACACAAGAACCCAGCAUUACGGGCAGGCAGCACAGUGACCUCGCAACCUAAGAAACGUGGACCACCUACACCCACCAAGCCUGACAAAUAUGUAUUGAAGAAACCUGCCAAGACAACACUCGAGGCAAACAAGUGGGUUGUGGAGAAUCAUGAAAACAACCAUGAAAUCGUGAUUGAGGACACUGCUAUCAAUCAAGCUGUUUAUGUCUUUGGUUGUAAAAACUCGACUAUUCGUAUCAAAGGCAAGGUGAAUGCGGUCACUAUGGAUUCAUGCACAAAAUGUGGAAUUGCUCUGGAUUCGGUGGUUUCGACAAUUGAUUUGGUCAAUUGCCGCUCAUUUGGAUUGCAAAUUUUCCAUGUUACACCCACCGUUGUUGUUGACAAGUGCGAUAGUGGUCAAGUCUAUCUCUCCAAGGAUUGUUUAGGCGUUGAAAUCCUUUCUGCCAAAUCCACAGCCAUUAAUAUACUCGUCCCCGAGGAGGUUGAGGAGAAUGUUACGGAUUACAAGGAGAUGCCGGUCCCUGAGCAGCUGAAAACUACUAUUGUCAAUGGCAAAUUGCAAACUGUAUCAGUUGAACAUGCUGGAUAA